AUGGGACUCUCAGAGAUAGACUACACCAGUAUCCCUGAUGAGAAUUUCUCAUAUGGUGUGGUUAUCGAUGCUGGGUCGUCGGGCUCUCGGCUUCACAUUUACAAGUGGUUGGACGCCAAUUAUAUCCAGGACCAUUUGUCCCUGAGCCACCCGGAAUUGCUAAACUCUGUGCCGCAGAUAUUAUCCAGUAAUUCUUGGAAUAAGAAAAUCACUCCUGGACUAUCAUCUUUUGGAAAAUAUGACGACGAUUCCGAUGAUGAAGAAGAAGAAGAAGAUAAUGAUGAUGAUGAUGAUGAUGAUGAUAAAAGGUUAAAAGAUCGGCUUUGGGAAAACCAUUUACAACCAUUGAUGGAAUUCAGUGAACUGAUCAUUCCUAAUUCCCGGCUCCAACAAACCCCAAUUUUCAUCCAGGCCACCGCGGGCAUGAGACUUCUUAGCGUGAAAAAGCAAGAAAAGAUUCUCCAUAGUAUUUGUGAGAACCUCACUGGUAAAACCCAGUUUUUAAUCAAGAACUGCGCCCAGCAGUUUGAAAUCAUCGAUGGAGAAACCGAAGGUAUUUAUGGCUGGAUGGCCCUCAAUUAUUUAUCGGAAAAAUUUAACAAUUUCCAAAUCGACGACGAAGCGCACAGUAGUUUUGGGUUCAUGGAUAUGGGAGGGGCGUCGACCCAGAUCGCGUUUGUUCCGUCGAAUCUGUCCGAAGUGACUCGACACCACGAUGAUUUAUCCCUAGUGAAGUUGCGCUCUAUUAAUGGUGAUCUACAAGAAUGGAAUGUUUUUGUAUCGACGUGGUUAGGAUUCGGUGCCAAUCAAGCAAGAAGAAGGUACUUGAAAAAUCUCGUGUCAUUGUAUGAUAUAGGUGACAGUACCGGGAAUUCGCUCCAGAAAACAUUGAGUAUUAAUGAUCCAUGUAUACCGAAAGGAUUAUCGGUGGAUGAAGGAAUCAAUGGGAAAAUGUAUAAGAUUGUCGGGUUAGGAGAUUAUGACAUGUGCCUUCGAGAACAAUAUCCUUUAUUAUUGAAGAAUCUCCCAUGUCAUGAUUAUCCCUGUUUAUUCAACGGGAUCCACGUCCCGAUAAUUGAUUUCGCUAACGAUAAAUUCAUUGGGAUCUCCGAGUAUUGGUACACCAUCAAUGAUAUUUUCAAUUUGGGGGGCACUUAUAGCUUUGACAAAUUUAACAUCGAGCUCAAAAAGUUUUGUGAAAGUAAUUGGAAUUCUGAGAUCAUGAAGAAUUUCGAAAACGAGCAAUAUAACGGGAUCAAACUAGAAUAUUUGAAAGAUAGUUGUUUCAAAGGUAGUUGGGUCGUGAACAUUUUGCACGAAGGGUUCAGUUUACCAAGAAUUGAUUUUGAAAAGAGUGCUGACGAGGCUGGGGAUGACAAUUUCUAUUUCAAGAGUGCGGCAAUGAUUGAUGGUAAUGAAUUAUCUUGGACUUUGGGAAAGAUUUUGUUGUACGCGUCUUCGAAAAUCGAAAUUGCCUCAUCUUCUAAAUCUAACAAGGAAAAUAAAAAAUAUAGCAAUUUGGUGGGGAUCGCCCCUAGUGAAACCGAACAGAAAUUAAAGGGCAAACAACCGUUCAUUCCGGGAAAUUUCGAGAUAUCCAUUGCCGGAGCCUCUUCAUCGACUAAAUCUUCAGGGUCUUUCACCAAUUUAUCUAAACAGGACAAGAUCUCCAAAGUCAAUUUUAUUUUCACGGUGAUGAUCAUUAUAUUUUUAAUAUUUUUGCUAUUGUUACAUUUUGUCAAUCGGAAAUUUGGGUUCGUCAAACUUUACAAUUCCAUGAUGUACCAAUCAUCAAUUGGUAAUUUCAUUUUCAAAUUGAGUCAUCUCCUGAAACACAUUAUGCGACAUAAUAAAGUCAUUGCGGUGGUCAAUUUCUUCAAGAAUCGCAUUCUUCAUAGAAAUAAUGGUAAUUCUGGAGGCUACUUGAAUGGUGAUUCUCUCAAUGAGUUUCUGCCAAACACUUUUGAUACCGAUAUAAAUCUCGAAGAGCAGUUCACAUAUCGUGAUAACCCAUCGCAAUUUGAUAUUGUUGGUGAUAAUAAUAAUAAUAAUAAUAAUAAUAAUAAUAAUGGCCUACGGAAAAACAAUCAAUCGUUCCUAAACUUUGGGGUGACCCCACUGAUCCCUCCGUUCUACAAAAACUUCAACGCCAGCAACCUGAUGGCCUCACUAUAUUCUGUCUCUUCAUCACAAAAGGGUGCCACCGGCAAUGCGAAUUACAAUAAUAGUAAUAAUAAUCAUAAUAAUAAUCACUAUAUGGGGAUGGCGUCGGCAAUGAAUAAAUCGGCGACGAAUUUGCCAGGACGGCAUGAAGAUUUAACGUCGCCGCAGCUUCGGUCUCGGGUCAGUUUGUUCAACCUUAAUAGUGCAGGAGAUACCUUGGGUUCCAAUAUCGGUAGUGGGUUAAGUGCGGGGCCAAGCACCAAUUACCUCAAUAUUUAUAAGAGCCCAAGAAGUGUAUCGCUGUCCGGUAACUUGGUCAAUGGGGGAGGUGCUGCCAGUAAUGCCGGAGGAGGAGGGUUCAACAUUUCUGAUAGUCCUAAGAGGGUUUCAAGAGACUCAUGA